GAGCGCAUGAAGUUCUUGAUCGAUGAAGGUAGUCUGCAGAACUACGCGAAGCUGGAAACGUUCAACGAAAGCGUUUUUUGGAAUCAUUUUAAUGCAAGCCGAUCGGCGGUGAUCCGUGGCCGUGUCGUGACCUCACUGAACAUGGGUUUGGUUGGUGUGCGCGUAAGCACCUCAACUCCCCUGGAAGGCUUCACACUGACGCGUGACGAUGGAUGGUUCGAUCUGAUGGUAAACGGUGGCGGAGCGAUUACACUCCAGUUCGGUCGAUCGCCGUUCCGUCCACAAACCCGCAUCGUGCAGGUACCCUGGAACGAGGUCGUCAUCAUCGAUACGGUCAUCAUGUCAACUUCGGACGACAAAUCGCACCAUGGUGCACCGCAUACCUGCUUCUCGCACGAUUACGACCUUAUGAAACCGGUAGUGCUCGCUACGUGGAAGCACGGAUUCCAGGGUGCUUGUCCCGAUCGCAGUGCGAUCCUCGCGGAAUCACAGGUUAUCCAGGAAUCGCUGGCAAUCCCGGGCACCGGGCUCAAUCUCGUCUACCACAGUUCACGAGCGGCCGGUUAUCUGUCGACGAUUAAGCUUCAGCUAACACCGGAUACAAUCCCGGCCACACUGAAGCUCAUCUAUCUGCGCAUUACGAUCGAGGGCAUCUUGUUCGAGCGUGUGUUUGAAGCGGAUCCCGGUAUCAAGUUUACGUACCCCUGGAAUCGACUCAACAUCUACCGGCAGCGUGUGUACGGCAUUACUACCGCCGUGGUCAAGGUGGGCUACCAGUACACGGAUUGCAAGGAAACGAUCUGGGACGUGCAGACGACGAAGCUGAGUGGGCACGAUAUGAGCAUUUCGGAGGUUGGUGGCUGGAAUCUGGACAUUCACCAUCGGUACAACUUCCACGAGGGUAUCCUGCAGAAGGGUGACGGUUCGAACAUCUAUCUGAAGCACAAACCACGUGUCAUCCUUACGGCCAUGGGCGAUGGACAUCAGCGAGCGCUCGAGUGUGGUGAUUGUAAUGGUAUCGCGACGAAGCAGCGACUACUGGCACCGGUUGCAUUGGCUGCGGCCCCCGACGGUAGUCUAUAUGUAGGGGAUUUCAACUACAUUCGACGCAUUAUGAUCGACGGUACGGUAAAGACGGUAGUGAAGCUGAACGCUACGCGCGUAUCCUAUCGUUACCAUAUGGCACUGAGUCCCCUCGAUGGUUCACUGUACGUGUCCGAUCCGGAAUCGCAUCAGAUUAUCAAGGUGCGCAAUAAGGAUGAUGCGCACGAUCCGGAACACAACUGGGAACCGGUGGUUGGAAGUGGCGAGAGAUGUCUGCCCGGUGAUGAGGCACACUGUGGUGAUGGUGGUCUAGCCAGGGAUGCAAAGCUGGCUUACCCGAAAGGUGUAGCGAUCUCAUCGGACAAUGUGCUGUACUUUGCCGAUGGAACUAACAUUCGAAUGGUGGAUCGCGACGGUGUGAUCAGUACGCUUAUCGGUAAUCAUAUGCACAAAUCGCACUGGAAACCGGUACCGUGCGAGGGUACGCUAAAGAUCGAGGAGAUGCAUUUACGGUGGCCAACGGAACUGACGAUCAAUCCCCUGGACGAUACGCUACAUAUCAUCGAUGAUCACAUGAUCCUUAGGAUGACUCCGGAUGGACGGGUGCGUGUGAUCGCCGGACGUCCGAUGCAUUGUGCUACGACGAGUGCUGCCAGUGCAAGCACGACCGGCACUUCCGCAGCACUUUCGGCCACGCUGAACUACGAUACGGAUCUAGCGAUCCAUGCGACGCUCGUGAUGCCACAAAGUAUCGCUUUCGCUCCCUCGGGUGAUUUGUACGUUGCGGAAAGUGACUCACAGCGCAUUAACCGUAUCCGCGUGAUCGGUACGGAUGGGAAGAUCACUUCGUACGCUGGUGCCGAAUCGAAAUGUAACUGCCUGGAGCGAGGUUGCGAUUGUUACGAGGCUGAUCACUAUCUAGCGAUCAGUGCCAAGUUUAACACGAUCUCCGCCAUCACCGUAACACCCGAUGGGCAUGUGCACAUUGCCGAUCAGGCGAACUAUCGCAUCCGGUCCGUCAUCUCGAGCCUACCGGAGGCGGGCACCUCGAAGGAGUACGAAAUCUACGCCCCGAAUGCACAGGAGAUCUACGUGUUUAACCGUUUCGGACAGCACAUCGCUACGAAGAACAUCAUGACCGGCGAGACGGUCUACAGCUUCCUGUACAACGUGAACACCUCUAACGGAAAGCUGAGCACGGUGACGGAUGCUGCCGGUAACAAGGUGUUCCUGCUGCGCGAUUACACCUCCCAGGUGAACUCGAUCGAGAACACCAAGGGCCAAAAGUGUCGCCUGCGCAUGACCCGCAUGAAGAUGCUGCACGAACUGAGCACACCGGACAACUACAACGUGACGUUCGAGUACCACGGACCGACGGGGCUGCUGAAGACGAAGCUUGACUCAACCGGACGCUCGUACGUCUACAACUACGACGAGUUCGGUCGACUUACCUCGGCCGUUACACCUACCGGCAAGGUGAUCGAUCUAACGUUCGAUCUAAGCGUCCAGGGAGCGACGGUGAAGGUGACAGAGAACUCACAGCGCGAAGUAUCGAUGCUGAUCCAGGGCACCUCGGUAGUAUCGAAGGUUGGUGAAGCUGCUACAAAAACGACGGUACAGCUCGAUGGUGGCACUAGCAGCGUAUCACCCUGGGGUAAUACCGUCUCCGUCGAGUCCGUCCCUUACGUACUACUAGCGGAAGUUGAUCCCCUGCUCGGUGAAAGCUACCCGGUACCAUCGAAGCAACGCACCGAGAUCAACGGAGAUCUAUCGAACCGGUUCGAGUGGCGUUACUUCAUCCGCCAUGUGCCAGUACGCGGCAAGAAUGCCCGUACGCUGACCCAGGUGGGUCGGAAGCUGCGCGUCAACGGGGAGAAUCUGCUAACGUUCGAGUACGAAAAGGAUACCUCUUCGAUUACCGUCUCGGUGGAUGAUAAGACGGAGCUGUUGAACGUAACGUACGAUAAAUCAUCGCGACCGAUCGCCUACCGGCCCCAGUCGGGCGAGUAUGCGGACGUCGACCUAGAGUACGAUCGGUUCGGACGGUUAACGUCGUGGAAGUGGGGCAAUCUGAAGGAGGAGUACACGUUCGAUCGUGCUGGACGGCUGAACGAGAUCAAGUACGGUGACGGUAGCUCGAUCGUGUACGCGUUUAAGGAUACGUUCAGUAGCCUACCGCUGAAGGUCACGACACCACGCCGUUCGGAUUAUCUGCUGCAGUAUGAUGACGCAGGGGCGCUACAAUCGCUGACGACGCCCCGUGGACACAUCCAUGCCUUCUCGCUACAAACUUCGCUCGGGUUCUUCAAGUAUCAGUACUUCUCUCCGAUUAACCGGCAUCCGUUCGAGAUUCUGUACAACGACGAAGGACAGAUACUGGCCAAAAUUCAUCCGCACCAGAGUGGUAAGGUUGCGUUCGUGCAUGAUAACGCCGGACGGCUCGAGACGAUCCUGGCCGGUCUAUCAUCAACGCAGUACACGUACCAGGAGAGCACGAGUUUGGUGAAGCAGGUGGAGGUACUCGAGCCUGGAUUUGAGCUAAGGCGUGAGUUCAAGUACCAUGCCGGUCUGCUGAAAGAUGAGAAGCUAAAGUUCGGUUCCAAGAGUGGUAUGGCUUCGGCACACUUCAAGUACCAGUACGAUGGCAAUGCACGGCUCAGCGGCAUCGAGAUGGACAUCAGCGGAAAGGAGCUACCGAUAAUGCGCUUCAAGUAUGGACCAGCCCAGGGUACGCUGGAUGCGGUCAGUGAUCUGCGCAUAACCCGGAACGCCUUCAAUCGAACGGUGGUGCAGGACACUUCGAAACAGUUCUUCACCAUCACGGACUUUGAUGAGCAUGGGCGUGUGAAGAGUGUGCUGAUUAACAUCAAAUCGUUCGACGUUUAUCGAUUGGAGCUGGACUACGAUCUGCGUAAUCGCAUCAAGACGCACAAGGUGAUGGUAGGCCGGGUGACGUCACUGGACAAGGUGAACUACAAUGCGGACGGCCAUGUGAUGGAGGUAGUCGGUACGAAUAGCUGGAAGUACGUGUACGAUGAGAACGGUAACAUUAUCGGUAUACUGGAGCAGGGUGAUAAGACGAACCUGGGCUACGAUACGGGCGAUCGUGUGGUGCAGGUCGGUGACGUCGAGUUUAAUAGCUACGAUGCACGUGGAUACGUGGUGCGCCGUGGUGAGCAAAAGUAUCGCUACAACAACCGUGGCCAGUUGAUACACGCGAUGGAGCGCGAUCGAUUCCAGACCUGGUACUUCUACGACGAUAGGGGCCGACUGGUGGCGUGUCAUGAUGAGAAGGGCAACGUUACGCAGUAUUUCUACGCCAAUCUGAACGAACCGGAACUGAUCACACACAUCCACUACCCGAAGGUGGGCUCGACCGGUGGACGUACCUCACGGUUGCUGUACGAUGAUCGUAAUAUGUUGAUCGCGAUUGAAACCGGCGAUCAGCGGUACUACGUGGCGACGGAUCAGAACGGUUCACCGAUCGCACUGUUCGAUGUGAACGGUGGUAUCGUAAAGGAAAUUCGCCGUACACCGUUCGGUAAGAUCGUGAAGGACACUAAUCCCGGUCUGUUCGUACCGAUCGACUUCCAUGGUGGACUGUUGGAUCCCAAUACCCGGCUCGUGUACAUGGAGAAACGGUUGUACGAUACGGGCGUUGGCCAAUGGAUGACACCGGCCUGGGAACAGAUGGCAACGGAGAUGCGUCAUCCGACGGAUGUGUUUAUCUAUCGUUUCCACAACAACGAUCCGAUCAAUCGUCGCGAAUCGGUCGAUGGUGGUGGCGGCGCUGGUCAGUACAUGAACGAUCUACGCUCGUGGUUAACGCUGUUCGGCUACGAUGUACGCAAGAUGCAGGGCUCACGCUACACGCGCGAUAUGAUCUAUCAACCGAAAGCGAUGAUCAAAUCACCGCAACUGGCCCCCGAUUUCGGUGUCAUGUCCGGGCUGCAGUGUAUCGUCGAGAAGGUUGACGAGAAGAUUGCCGAUUUCGGUUUCAUCCCGAAACCGCUGCUGAAGAUGGAGCUGAAGACGCGCAAUCUCCUUCCGCGGGUCGCUUACCGGCGCGGUGUGUUCGGAGAGGGCGUUCUGAUUUCACGCAUCGAUGGCCGAGCGCUCGUCAGCGUGGUCGAUGGUUCGAACAGUGUCGUGCAGGAUGUCGUCUCGUCGGUGUUCAACAAUUCGUACUUCCUCGAUCUACACUUCUCGAUCCACGAUCAGGAUGUGUUUUACUUCGUGAAGGACAACAUUCUGAAGCUGCGUGACGAUACGGAGGAACUGCGCCGGCUCGGUGGUAUGUUUAACAUCUCGACGCACGAAAUCAACGAUCAUGGUGGAGCGAAUGGAAAGGAACUGCGGCUGCACGGGCCGGAUGCGGUCGUGAUCAUCAAGUACGGUGUGGAUCCGGAGCAGGAGCGUCACCGUAUACUGAAGCACGCUCACAAACGGGCCGUCGAGAGGGCCUGGGAGUUGGAGAAGCAACUGGUAGCGGCCGGAUUCCAGGGACGCGGUGAUUGGACCGAGGAAGAAAAGGAAGAGCUAAUCUCGCACGGUGACGUCGAUGGGUGGAUCGGUGUGGACAUCCACAGUAUCCACAAGUACCCGCAGCUCGCGGACGAUCCGGGUAAUGUGGCGUUCCAGCGGGACUCGAAACGUAAACGGCGAAAGAGUGGUGGUUCCUCGAGCGGUGGUGGCGGCGGCCACAAGACGAAGCGAGAGCAUCGACAACAUGAAACCAUCAUCCUGCCACUAUCCGCUUCGGUGGCUCCUUCUUCGACAGUUGUCGCUUCUUCUUCCGUUCCAACAUCUUCGAUAUCCUCAUCAUCAUCAUCAUCGGCGGCGGCGGCGGCGGUGACGGCGAGCGCUGCUUCGAUGUCUCCACCAGCGGCGGCGGUUGUGGCCCCGAUGACAGUGCCCGUAACGGUUGCUUCCAAAGCUGCAUCAGUUCCAGCCACAGCGACGGCAAAGACGACGUGAGCAGGAACAGGAGCACAACACCAUCACCACCACCAGUAGCAGCAGCACCUGCAUCACCAUCCUACCGUUGAUGGGGGGCGGCGGCGUCGAGUGUCUCUAGAUAUUGUGAUAUAAAUAGGAUUUAUUUUUCUUCCGUGCGCGUUCGUACGCCUCUCACGCCCGGUUUCGUGUGCUGAGGGGAGGGAAUAAUGAGGCAAGGAGGAGGGGGCGAGAAGCUCGCCGGAACUCUCGCCACUCCAGAAGAGAAGAGGGGGAAUUACAAAGGACGAGGUCGCGAUCGCAAGUAGAAUCAAAAUGUGAGCGUCAAAUGCAGAGUUUGCGAUCUGACAUACAUACACACAAACACACACACAUGCACACUCAGGCAGACAGACACACACAUCUCCUUCUUAUCAUACUCUUCCCGAAAUCGCGUAUUGCAGUUUAGCGACAGCAAUGCACAUAACAGUGUGAUGGAGACGCCAGGUCCCCCUCAAACGGUUGACGGUUUUCUAGAGGGGAAUAGCCUCUCUCUCUCUCUCUCACUGUAUCUUACUAAUGGCGAAUGGUAUCUGUUGAACUACGUACGACUACUUUAUCCGUGCCAUAGGAGAAAACACGUGUAUUUAACAUUUACGUUAUACUUUUAAUCCUCUUUUAAUAAUGCUCUCUCGCUCUUGCUCGCUCUCUUUCUCUGCCUCUUAGUGGGCUCAAACUAUGCUCUCUGGUUUAAUUGCUUUUUUUUUAUAUUUAUUAAUGUCCCCUUUUCAAUCAACGUAGAGGAUACCGACAGUCGUGUGCCAUAGUGUGUGCAGCGCGCGCAGUGAGCAGUUGAUUCUGUGGUUAAGUAGUUGGCAAACAGGCGUGGCAUGCUUGGUUAAGUUGCUCGAAUUGCGAAUAGGGAAGGAGUAACGCUUUGUACAGAACCUUAGACUAAACGCGACACGCGACAUCCAAGCUGUCUGCGCUUUGUGUUUUGUUGCUCCAUUGAUCGAUAUGAUUUGUCGCUGCCAUUGUUCCGCCCGGGCCACCGAUUGAUGAUCGGAUGAUCGGGCGCGGAGGAAUCCGUAUCGCAAGAACCCACCAAAUACCAAACUAAUAGCAAAUUUAAUAGAAUCACACACACACACACACAUACACACACACCAACACACAAACAUUCACGAAAAAGAAGUAGAAGAAGACGGCAGGCGGGUACUCAAAUGGUUGGAAUUAGGGCAAUCAUCAUACGGGGUCAUCCGGGGUUAUCCGGGAUUAUCCGGGUCUGUGUAAUGUUUCUGUGCAUUGAAACGUAACAACAAACAGCAGAAAUCAAUCGUCACACUCUCGUACGCUCAUAGUGAGACAAAAGAGAAGGAAAAUCAAACUCACAAACAUACCGAAAAAAAACAUGAACGCACACUGGCAACCCCCAUUGACCUUCCUUGGCUUCUACAGGGUAUUUGUAAUAAAAUUCGAGAGGGAGAGAAAGAGAGAUGGAGAAACAGGAAACAAAACAAUACAAGCAGCGCGCACACCAGCAGGAUGUGCGUCUGCAAUCAAUAUAACUAAAACUAAGCAGAUAACAAAAUGGAUAACUCAAUAGACAGAGGAUGUAAACGUGGCUAACGAUACAAAAGGAUCACACCAAAACAACUCGUAAACAGCAACAAAAAACGACAGUGUAACAGUAGAGCAGAAAGGCAAAACUCAUGAAGAAGAAAUAAGGAAAUCAAUAUCCGCGGAACCGCGCAAUGAAACCCCCAAAAAAGUUGUGAAAAAAUAGAGAAAGUUUAAUAGAAAAACGAAAAAGGAAGGGUAGCUGAUUUGCUGCGAGGACACAAGCACAGUAGAAAGAGCAAAACAAGCACACACAAACACACACAGACACGUGCAGAAGAAAGGAAAUAGUAGUUCGCGUUCGCAGAAGGUAGAUCAAGCAUCGUAUGAUCAGAAUGCGAAUCCCCUCUCUCUUUCGCUCUCUCGAUCCGCUGAUUGUCGUAAUGGUGCGCCGUAUGUGUGUCGAGUAUGUUGUGUGUGUGUGUGCGUGUGUGUGUGUUAACCGUUGAUAGUAUAACUGUUGACAAGUGGAGAGGGAGGGAUGCAUGUUAGCGAGCUUCCUAGGUGAACGCAGGCGGGUGAUCGCGCUUUCACCUUUACUUGCUGUGGUGGUUCCCGAAUCCAGCAUAUCCAUUUGUAGAUCGUGUUCCCCCAAACCCUUCCACCAAGCCCACAAUCUGUGGUUCUCCGAGAACCACUCUCCCGAGCUCUGUUGCGAUGCUCGGUGUUCGGUUUGUAACGGACAGCGAACAAGACAGACGAGGGAGUGUCGUGAUUCUUGAUCUUUUUCCUACCUAUACGGAGAGUAUGAAAGAAAGAGAGAGAGUGAGAAAAUGAUGAUCGCAGGAGUUGAAACCGCGUGUAAAAACUUGCCGAAAAAAUGGCCAUUCGUUGUGUAGAUUUUAAACGAACCAUGUGUGUGUGUGUGUGUGUGUGUGUGUGUGUAUGUGAAUUUGAAUAGUUCCAAGGGGAGCAAUGUGGAGCGAUUGAAAGCCUUUUAACAUAACUGAAAGAAAACACAAUGUAAAAGAGAAGCGAAAGCGAGAGAUAAGAGAGCUAAGCAAACGAGAGAGAAAGGGAGAGAUAGAGGGUACAGUAGAGAGCGGGAUACUCCACAAUGAAAUUGAUUGGACAUCAAUCACGUGCGUGUCGUGUGUGUGUGUGUGCGUGUGUGUGGAUGAAUGGAUGGAUGGAAUCAUAAAAGCAAUAUGCAGUAGGCAAAACCCAGCCCAGCUCACUACUAGUAGGAUGGUGCAGCGCGCAUUGUGUCCUUUGUUGUGUAUCAUACCGGAGAGCAGCACAUCAUCACGAGUCUCCGCCAUUUCAUUCAUAGAUAGAGCUGUGGGAGAUAGAGAUAUGAAUCUCGCGCAACACAUGCUUCGCUCACAAUGGCAGCAGCAUUCACGGGCAAUGGGAAUGAGAGGAAGGCUCCUCGGAGUCACCGUUAAUGUGUAUGUAUGUGUGUCUGUUACACUGCUGCUUCCCUUCUAAAUGGUAGUGUGAAAGUCUGUGAGAAAUGUAAUUGGAACAAAACGGAAGAACGGAAGAAGAAAAUAAAAAUCCCGAAAACCCAUGACUUAGAAACGUAAGAAAAAAAAACCCCCGACGAGAGAGAACCGAGAGAAGAAGAAAAAACAGAAGAAUGAGAAAGAGAAGUAAUAAUGCCAACACGGCCAUUGGUAUGAACUGUAAAACUUUGUAAAUAGACUGUUUAGGAAUAAAGAAAUGAGAAUUAGGAAUGCGUAAAACGAAUGUAAGCUAAAGGGAAGGGCGCAAGCGGCCCGAAAACAGCGAAAGAGAGCAAUAGCGAGGCGAAAGCGGGGGGCCGGGGAAAUAGAAGAAAGCAUAAAACGUCCGCGUAAGCAAAAGCACGACAAAACAAGAAAGUCAAAAACACACUACUACCCCCCACUACACAAGCAACACCACCAUCUCGUCGCACACACGUACACGUGGCGCGAAUGAUUGGAAUCAGAACCGUGGAAUCGUAACAUUUUUUUUAACCAAAAAGGAAGAAAGGACAAAAAAAUCACGUUAGGAGAACGAAGAAGACGAAACGGUAACGGUUGUUUUUUGGCUUCGAAAGUGAGGAUGGAUUUUAUCCCCUGUUUUGCGAUGGUGAGAAAGGGAGAGGGGGGCUGAGGACCCAUCUGUUGUAAAUAAACCAAAAACUAUUGAUUAAAAAAAACAAACAAGCACACAAUGUAUGCUACCCCUUGCGAAACGCGCGAAGCGUUUCUUGUGUGCGGGUUUGCAAGGAGUGUGGUGCUGGUGGAAAGGAAGAGGCAGGGCCGCUCACGACGCCAUCCCCAAACAUACCCGAACGAGCAGAGGUGUGACGAUGGGAAGGAGAUGGGUGUCCUAUCAAUGAUAAAGCAAGUCUAGCAAAAAAAAAGGCAGAAAAUCUCUUCCCAAUCUACGCAAGAACACCCCAAAACAUACACAAACACAAGUAAACAGAACACAUGUGGAAGGUAGCGUAAGGUGGAUAGAUAAAUGGGUAAACGCAGAAGCAGAAAAUAGGAUGAAAAAGUAAAACAAAACGAGAG